AUGAACUUGCUUUUGUGGUCCUCUUCAGGCGUGCUGCUCUCGUCGUCACUUCCCGGAGCAGAGGCGGUGAGCGAGGCGGCCAAGCAGCGCGCCGCGAAAGCGGGCCUCGCGUUCGUCAAGGCCGUCCUAACGAUGCUCUUCCCGCCGCCCACGCCCGCCGCCAAGUUUUACAGCGCGGACUUCUCAGAUCUGAACGUGGCAGGGACGUUCAGCAUCGCUGUCCCCUCCAAGUCCGCGACCAAGCCGUCGCAGUUCCGCCUGACCGCUGCAGGCUCGCCCUAUCCGCCGCAAGAAGUGACUCUGAACGCGAGAACUCCCGUCGUGCUGGGCUCGCUCGGAAAGAACUUGCAGUGCUCGCAAGUCGCGCCGAGCGUGUGGGACUGCUUCGGCCAGACCAAACUGACCCAGGCCGACAUCAACAACAUCGGGUUCACGGCUGGCGUGGGGGUUCGCGUCAAUUCGUAUGCGUUGAGUCUCACGUACAUGGAUGCACACAACAUGGGGCUUGUCGUCGACUCCAACGCGAACCUCGCGGUAGCCAAGGCAAACUCGAAAAUGGAGCAAGUCUUUGGUAAAACCGAUCUGCUGGCUGGGGUUGCCGCUGGAAGGUUCCAGGCAGGAAUUAACAGCGAGAAGCUUAAAGGAGGAGCCAUGUUUGCCGUCUCCAACAU